GAACCUCCAUUAAUCCGAAGAAGAAGAAGAAGAUUCGCUUUGUGUACUUCCGUGUAGCAAGAUGGCUCAAGGUGCAAAGAAAUUUAAAGCUCAGCGUCCAGGAGCGUCCAAAAAACACCAACAAAACAAGCAGAAAGGACCGAAGAAAGGAGGGAGGAUCAUUGCACCUAAGAAGACUCAAGUGGUUCAGCAACAGAAGCUGAAGAAGGGUCUUGAGGUUGCCAUCAGGAAUAAGAUUGAGCAGGAGGUGACCCAGAAGGCCAGCUCGUCCCUCCACAAGCCACUGAGUGUGAUUAAAGGGCCUGAAGGUAAAGGAAACCCAGGAGCAUCCCGACCUGGAACCAGCAACAAAUAGGACACAACUGUGCACCUGAAUCUCAUGGUGUUGUAAUGUAAUAUAAUAUAAUGGACUGAGAGUGUUAAAGAGCUUCACUUAAUUUUAGAUGCCACCUGUUCUGUUAUUUUUGAUUUCCUGAUGUUUCACUUGACUUCAGGAAAACAAAUAAUCAGAGCUAUUCCCAUAACGAUGCUUGUGUGAGAAGUUAAGCAAAAGCCUUUGAAUGAUAUGGACAUUUCGGAAGGACUUCACACUAUUUAAAAGAUCAACAGAAUUGAUUUAAGAAAUCACAUUGAUAUGAUAUGAUGUUAUUUUUGUAAGUCCAGAAGCAGGUUAUGUCGUUCUGUCAGAUUAUUGUAUAGUCAUUACUGUAUAGGAAAUAAACAAUGAAGUGAGAACAACAUUGGCUUGAUAUAAUGAAGAAGUACUAGAACUACUAUUGAUUAUUUCUGUAAAUCUUUUAUUGGCAUCGAGUCCAUCUUUUGUGAGCAUGAUUGGAAUAUGUUCAGCUGGAUCCCUAAGUGACCAAAACCCCUGACUUUAGCACAGGAGAAUGGUGUUGUAUCUACUCUCAGAUGUGCGUCGCUUCGGAUAAAAUUGUCUGCUAAAUCAAAUUGUAGAAUUUUAAAUAUGCACAGGGAAACUUAAUCCAGUGUUUUAUGACUUUUCCAGACAGGAGUGAGAUUUCUUUCAUGAAAGCAGCAUCUUGUUUUGUUGUUUUUUGGUGGCACCUGUGUUGACACACUCAUUCCCAGACGUUCAAACAGUAUUACCUGUGUGACAUCAUCAGUCGGCAGGUGGUAUCUGGCCUCUGCCUCCAUAACAGCUUAAGGUCGCCAUGAGAGCAAAAAGGAAAUAUGAUUAAACAGGCAUCGCUAACUAAGUGUGUCGUGAUUUAAAUGUCACCAUAGACAUUCAGUUUGUGAUGCUCUUAAGUGGAAGCACCGUCACACCUUCAAGUUAAUCAGUGGGUCAGAGGAUCAGUCGUCAUUGUGUUGCCUUAUUUGACGAUAAAUAGUGACUCAACAGACAUUUAUUUAAAUGAAAACCUGCGGCAGUGAAAUUUAAAGUCCGUUCAUAUCCCUUUUUCUAAAUCAUAUCAACAGUUAUUUCCAAUUCAGGGAACAAAGAUAAACUGAAUCUGCCUGUGUCCUCACACACUUCUGUAGCCGUUGCAGAAGUGUGUAAGUAACUUCUUCGUUAGAUUUCAGCGUAUGUUUCUAGCCGCCAAACUUUUUAAUGGAGCAUUUGCAAUAAAUGUUGUUUUGAGAAGGA